ACGGCUGCGCCCAGGUCGCGAGGCGCCCUUCGACCAGCAGCGCCCGGGGCGGGCGGGUAUAAAUGGAGCGGUGGCUUCCCCGGCCGCCUCUCUCCGCCCCGGGUCGCCGCUGCUUUCGCUGUUUUCAGGCCCAGCAGCCUGAAGAAAAAAAAAGGAAAAGAUAAAAAAAAAAAAAAAAAAAAAAAGAAAACGCUUUAAAAUCUCAAAAAAAAAGAGAGAGGAAAAGCGAAUCCUCCUCAGAGAAUCCGCGGGGAAGUCACUUUUGCACGCUUCCGGCCUGCCCCGCACCCGCCGCCGCCGCACUCUCCUGUCCGUCUUCGUCUGUCGGUCCGGUGGUGAGCCGCCUGUGCCUGCCCGCCGUCCGCUAUCCGCCUGGGCCUGCGCGCUCCCCGCCGCCGACCCGCCCUCGUCCACGCGUCUCCGCUCUGAGCCUCGCGCGUCCGUCUGUCCGGCCCGCCGCGCGUCCCUCCCAGUCCGCACGCGCCGCGUGGCAGCCUCGGUGCUCGUCAGCCCCGCGGCGCGUCCUGCCGCCCUCGCCCCCUGCGGGCCGGCCUCCCGGCGCACCACGUGUCGGCGCUGCCCUUCCCGGAGCCCGGCGUGGGAAGCGGCUGCGCGCAGCGCCCGCCUGGGGCUUGCCGACUCGGCACGGACGAAUAUUUUGUUUCGCUCUUCCCCUGGCUGUUGUAAUUUUAAACCGCCAGGAGCCCGAGGCCUAUAUUUAUAGAGAAACGCGUGUCCCACAGGCCAUUGUGCGCAGCGUUUGAUUGCCUCUUGAAGAAUUUGUGUAACUCGGAAGGAGAUUCCCGUCUUCGUAUUCCCGUCUUCGUAUUUUUUGAAAUUUGGAGGUUCAAACCAGGACAGCUGAAAAUUCCAACCCCCCAUCCCCCGUGGAGGGCCAUAUUGUUUUUGAGAGCCUUUUGUCUGAGAUUUUGCAGUUUCUCUUACGAGCUGUCCCCGAACUCCUGUAUAUCUGAGCCUACUCCAGCUUCUCUUAGCUUAACUUGCCACUUGUGAGCCGCGGCGCGGGCCACGGCUGAGAAGAGCCUCUUUUGUCUUGUGGUGGUCCGUAUAAGAAGUCCUCCUGGCGGGGCUCGGGGUGGUGGGGGGUGGGGAGAUGAACGCUGCAGCCAGCAGCUACCCCAUGGCCUCCCUGUACGUGGGUGACCUGCACUCGGACGUCACCGAGGCCAUGCUGUAUGAAAAGUUCAGUCCUGCGGGGCCUGUGCUGUCCAUCCGGGUCUGCCGCGACAUGAUCACCCGUCGUUCCCUGGGUUAUGCCUACGUCAACUUCCAGCAGCCGGCUGAUGCUGAGCGGGCCCUGGACACCAUGAACUUUGAUGUGAUUAAGGGAAAGCCAAUCCGAAUUAUGUGGUCUCAGAGGGAUCCCUCUUUGAGAAAAUCUGGUGUAGGAAACGUCUUCAUCAAGAACCUGGACAAAUCUAUAGAUAACAAGGCACUUUAUGAUACUUUUUCUGCUUUUGGAAACAUUCUGUCCUGCAAGGUGGUGUGUGAUGAGAACGGCUCUAAGGGUUAUGCCUUUGUCCACUUCGAGACCCAAGAGGCUGCCGACAAGGCCAUCGAGAAGAUGAACGGCAUGCUCCUCAAUGACCGCAAAGUGUUUGUGGGCAGAUUUAAGUCUCGGAAAGAGCGGGAAGCCGAGCUUGGAGCCAAAGCCAAGGAAUUCACCAACGUAUAUAUCAAAAACUUUGGGGAAGAGGUGGAUGAUGAGAGUCUGAAAGAGCUAUUCAUCCAGUUUGGUAAGACCCUAAGUGUCAAGGUGAUGAGAGAUCCCAGUGGGAAAUCCAAAGGCUUUGGCUUUGUGAGUUACGAAAAACACGAGGAUGCCAAUAAGGCUGUGGAAGAGAUGAAUGGAAAAGAAAUAAGUGGGAAAGUCAUAUUUGUAGGCCGCGCACAGAAGAAAGUUGAACGGCAGGCUGAGUUAAAACGAAAAUUUGAGCAGCUGAAACAGGAGAGAAUUAGUCGAUAUCAGGGGGUGAAUCUCUACAUUAAGAACUUGGAUGACACCAUUGAUGAUGAGAAGUUAAGGAAAGAAUUUUCUCCUUUUGGAUCAAUUACCAGUGCUAAGGUGAUGCUGGAGGAUGGGAGAAGCAAAGGAUUUGGCUUUGUCUGCUUCUCAUCUCCUGAAGAGGCAACCAAAGCAGUCACUGAAAUGAAUGGACGCAUAGUGGGCUCCAAGCCACUGUACGUUGCCCUGGCCCAGAGGAAGGAAGAGAGAAAGGCUCACCUUACCAACCAGUAUAUGCAGCGGGUAGCAGGAAUGCGAGCACUCCCUGCCAAUGCCAUCUUAAAUCAGUUUCAGCCUGCAGCUGGUGGCUACUUUGUGCCGGCAGUUCCACAGGCUCAGGGAAGACCUCCAUAUUACACACCGAACCAGUUAGCACAAAUGAGGCCUAAUCCACGUUGGCAACAAGGUGGGAGACCUCAAGGCUUCCAAGGAAUGCCAAGUGCUAUACGCCAGUCUGGGCCUCGUCCAACCCUUCGCCAUCUGGCUCCAACUGGUAAUGCUCCGGCCUCUCGUGGCCUCCCUACUACCGCUCAGAGAGUCGGGUCUGAGUGCCCGGACCGCUUGGCUAUGGACUUUGGUGGGGCUGGUGCCGCCCAGCAAGGGCUGACUGACAGCUGCCAGUCUGGAGGCGUUCCCACAGCUGUGCAGAGCUUAGCACCCCGGGCUGCCGUUGCUGCUGCUGCUCCUCGGGCUGUUGCACCAUAUAAAUACGCCUCCAGUGUCCGCAGCCCUCAUCCUGCAAUACAGCCUCUGCAGGCCCCACAGCCUGCGGUCCAUGUGCAGGGCCAGGAGCCCUUGACUGCCUCCAUGCUGGCUGCAGCACCCCCCCAGGAACAGAAGCAGAUGCUGGGAGAACGUUUGUUCCCACUCAUCCAAACAAUGCAUUCAAACCUGGCUGGAAAGAUUACGGGGAUGCUGCUGGAGAUUGACAAUUCGGAGCUGCUGCACAUGCUGGAGUCUCCCGAGUCCCUCCGCUCCAAGGUGGAUGAAGCUGUGGCAGUUCUCCAAGCUCAUCAUGCCAAGAAGGAAGCUGCCCAGAAGGUGGGCGCUGUUGCUGCUGCUACCUCUUAGACAAGGAAAAACCGAUUCAAAAGCCAAAUAACCCCUCAUGGAUUUCAGCUCAAGGUUUGAAGACUUCCUACCUUGUCCUAUGGACUUCAACACCAAGAACCACAAAAUGCAAACUUAAUAGGUCAUUUUGUAUCAAAAGGUCAAUUAUGAAGCGCCUAGAAUUUUUCAAUUAUACGAAUAUAUUCUCUGGGUUCUGCUAUGGCCCAGAUAGUGUUAACUUUUUUUUCUAUGGUGAGUUUUGAUCCCCCCCCCCAAAAUUGGUUUUAUUUGAUGUACCCAAGUCUUAAGUUUCUCAAUAAAGGAAAAAAACCUCCAUAAAA